ACUGAGGGAGCAAGCAUGGCGGCCUCUAUUGCCAGGGGCUGCCGGGCUGCAAUGGCCCUGGGCCGGAGCUUUCGAUGCGCCUGGGUUCUGCGCCCUGCGCCGGCCUCUGUCGCCUGCCAGACCCUCGCGGGGCCGAGCUGGCGGCAGAUCACUGGACCUUCUGAGCCCGGCGCGUUCCAGCCACCGCCGAAACCGAUUAUCGUGGACAAGCGCCGUCCCCAUCGCCGGGAAAGCAGGUUCUUGAGUCCUGAAUUCAUUCCUCCAAGGGGAAGAACAAAUCCUCUGAAAUUUCAAAUAGAAAGAAAAGAUAUGUUAGAAAGGAGAAAAAUACUUCACAUUCCAGAGUUCUAUGUUGGAAGCAUUCUUCGUGUUACUACUGCUAACCCAUAUGCCAAUGGAAAAACCAGCCAGUUUCUGGGAAUUUGCAUCCAGAGAUCAGGAACAGGACUUGGAGCUACUUUUAUCCUUAGGAAUACUAUUGAAGGACAAGGUGUUGAGAUUUGCUUUGAACUUUAUAAUCCUCGAAUACAGGAGAUCCAAGUAGUCAAAUUACAGAAACGGCUGGAUGAUAGCUUGCUAUACUUGCGAGAUGCCCUUCCUGAAUACAGCACUUUUGAUAUGAAUAUGAAGCCAAUAGCACAAGAACCUAGCCAAGAAGUUCCUGUUAAUCAGCUGAAAGUAAAAAUGAAGCCCAAGCCGUGGUCCAAACGCUGGGAACGUCCAAAAUUUAAUAUCAGGGGGAUCAGAUUUGAUCUUUGUUUAACUGAAGAGCAAAUGAAAGAAGCCCAGAAGUGGAGUCAGCCAUGGCUUGAGUUUGAUAUGAUGAGGGAAUAUGACACUUCAAAAAUUGAAGCUGCAAUAUGGGAUGAAAUUGAAGCAUCAAAAAAUUCCUGAUCUGAGAAUGAGUUUGGUUACUUGCAGAGGAUAUACUGUCUCUCAGAGGAUUUAUUUAGAAACCAAUUUAAUCUCAUAUAUAAGGACAUAGUCAUUAAAUCAACCAAACAUUCAUUAUUUUAUGAAUAUUAUUUUAAAAAUUAGCACACCAGUUUAUUACUUUAAAAAGAAAAAUGUACAUGCCAAGUGGUCUGAUGUCCAUUCUCUUAAUGGAGGCAAAGCUACAAUAGAGUCAAACUGUUACCAGAAUGGUCUUCAUUGAGCUUGGAAUCUGAGCAAGGAAGUGGAUAGGAUGAUUUUUUAAAUUUGUGAAGUAAAUUAUAAAUUCAAAAAGUGUAUGAUUUAAAGAGUAAUAAUAAAAUGAGCAUUCAUAUACCCACCA